AUGGCCAGUGAAACCAACAUCCCCUCCACUGCGGACUAUGUCAUAAUAGGAGGUGGCACUGCAGGCUUGAUACUUGCAGCGAGACUGUCAGAAAAUUCUACCAAAUCCAUUGUGGUGCUAGAGGCUGGAAGCAACCAUCUGGAUGAUCCACGGGUUAACAUCCCGGCCCUUUGGACCACCUUGAUGGGAUCUGAGGCGGAUUGGCAGCUGCAGACUGUCCCUCAGGCUGGUCUAGGGGACCGAGUAAUCAAGGAGCCCCAGGGGAAGCUCUUGGGUGGCUCCUCGGGAAUUAAUGGCCAGGCGUUUAUCGCGCCCUCCAAAGCGGGAAUCGAUGCCUGGUCGAAGCUAGGAGCGAAAAACUGGUUAUGGGAGAAUCUUCAUCCAUACUACAAGAAGUCUUACACAAUCCAAGUCCCCGACGAUGCAACUAGCGAGCACAUUGGCAUCAGUUGGUUAGAUCGAUCCUUCAACGGGACAUCUGGCCCUCUCAAGGUCUCUUUUCCUGCCGUCAUUCAGGACCCAUUGUGCAAGGCUUGGGUGGACACCUUCAAGGCGACAGGCCAUAGCAUUACAACCGAUCCUUUCUCGGGCAGGUCCACUGGUGGCUAUAGCAACCUUGCUGCCGUGGAUAGUGAGACAAAAACACGGAGCUACGCCGCAAGUGCGUAUGGUCGCCCGACUAUGGAGCGGGCUAAUGUGCGUAUCGUAACCGAAGCAUUGGUCCAGAGGAUUAUAUUCGAGGGAUUGAACGAGCCAGAUGUGACGGCGACUGGAGUCAAAGUUGCUGUGCAAGGUCAGACUCGUAUUAUCAACGCAAACGCGGAGGUGAUUGUGUGUGCGGGAGCUCUAAGCACCCCAAAACUGCUCGAACUCUCUGGAAUUGGGAAUGAGGAGAUUCUCCGCCAACACAAUAUCCCUAUAAUUGUGAAUAACCCUAACGUGGGAGAAAACCUGCAGGACCAUUUGAUGAGCGGAAUUAGCUUUGAGGUGGUCGAUGGCGUUGUGACCGGAGACGCACUCCUGCGUCAAGAGCAGGAUGCCGUGCAGGAGGCUAUGAAGCUCUAUAUGGAGCAUAAAGCAGGACCAAUGACCAUUGGAGGCGUGCAAUCCAGCUCCUUCAUGCCUCUUGUUGACUUUCAGGGCCCAACCAGCACGACCUUAAUGAAUGAUUAUCUGGAUGGCUUUCUGUCAGAUUGCAGCUACCGUGACCAGGCCAUCUGCGAAAUUCUCGAACAGCCGGGAGCUCCUACCUGCUCCAUGUUCAUGUUACUAGCGCAGGUCAAUUUGCACGAAGCUAGUGGAAAAGGUUUUGUCGGACAGGAUCUGCAACCUGGAAGCUAUCUCAGCAUGGGAGUUAUCCAGAGCAUGCCCUUCUCGCGGGGUCGCGUUCACAUUGCAUCUUCAGAUCCAAACGACAAGCCGAUCGUGAACCCACGAUACUUCUCGCACCCGGCAGACCUCGAAAUUAUGGCGCGAAAUCUGCAGGAUGUAGAGAAACUGCAUAAAGUGGAACCCCUAGCCAAGUUCCUGAAACCUGAUGGGAGACGCAACCAUCGCGAUGCAUUCCUCACCGACCUUGACUCGGCCAAGAAGUAUCUGCGGGACACGGCAACAACAACGUAUCAUUCCAGUGGCACUGCAGCGAUGCUUCCUCGCGAGAAGGGAGGGGUGGUCGAUGACCAGUUGCGGGUCUACGGCACGAGUAAUUUGCGCGUCUGCGAUGCAAGCAUCUUUCCGUUGAUUCCGGCAGCCAAUAUUAUGUCGACUGUCUACGCCGUUGCUGAAAGGGCGGCAGAUAUUAUCAAGAUGGAGACCUAA